AUGGGUCAACGUUUAUCCCUCAACAUUGCCACCAUUUCUCGGCUUGAAGAUUUAAUUCCCAUCUCUGCUUCUGGGUCGGGUAAUGACGAUGGCGAAGGUGAAGGUCCUCCCGAUCGUUCAGAAGCACUUGCUGAAGAACAACAAAAUACGAUACGUUUAAAAUUAUUAAAGGCCAAUGUAGUGUCAGCUGCCACCUCACAUCACGGAAAUAACAUUGCGUCAAGUGCCUCGCCCAAAAGCUUUGCAUCGGCUGACAGGAGGAGACGUGGCAAUGAUGCCGCCUUCAAACAUGAAUUGGGAAGAAGACCAUCUUACAGCUCUGAUAACAUCUCACAACCAUCAUUUGGAGAAGAACAAACAGCACUCAUUCUUGAAAAGAUGAAAAACAUUGGACCCAUUCAACAAUUUGUCGAACAAUUAAGUAAUGAGGAAAAACUCUUAAAAUCAUAUUUGGAUUUCAAUUGGAUGACGACAGUGGCACUCAUCGAGAGAUCAGCAUCAGAGAGUAUGCGGUUCUUGUCGAAAGGAAUUGGCGAUUUUUUCAAUGUAGCAAUUCAUGAAAUGCAAUUGAAAAUUUCUGAUUCACAAGCCGAUUUGACCUCCAUGGAAUCCAUUCAUGGCCAACAAUAUGUGGAGGUCAAGCUUGCAAUUGUGCCAUAUAUUCAUUUCAGUGAAGGAAGUAGCUUUAGUACGAUAAGCUUUCCUGUUCUCGAUCACUUUCCUGUGGAUUCUGAGGAUGAACCUUUUGUGAACGUGUCACCAAGAACCAAUAACCUCUCUCACAACAAUCAUCAUAACUCGAGUGGUGGAUCUUCAUCGAGUCCUCUCCGCAUCAAUGUCACCAAAACUCCAUCCAAAUUUACCCUAGCUCUGAUCGUGGGUCCAUGGCUCGUAUUUUUCGACCCUCUCACCAGUUUGAUCAUUCCUAAAAAGUUGUAUGGAAUGGCAAAAAUCAUUGCUUCGAAUCUUCCUGAAUUAUUCAUUACCAAACAAAAAGAAAAACUCACUGAAAAACUUGCACAGUGCAUUGUGUCAUGGAAUACUUCCAAAUUGUUCAAGAACGAAAAAGACAUGUUUUGCUCACCUCGUCAAAAUUCCACAAGCUCGCCACCGCAACAAAGCAUGUAUGGUAAUGGAAUUGAUUUCAUUGAUGAUUAUAUGAGGAAUUAUUUGAAUAUUGAUUACACCACUUUUCCUCUGGUGAGAUAUUUCAAAACCUUUUUGGGGAAUGCUCGACAACAAGGUUGGUCUCAAAUGGUCAUUGAUUUGGAUGAGAGCUUGAUUGGAAAAUAUGGACCAGUGUUGACACCAACCACUCCAUUGUCAUGCUUUGAUUUUUCUAACCCUAACACGAAACUUGCAAAUAGUAACAAUGUAAAUCAAUUUGCUCACAAACCACCUCAUGGAGGAGGAACGGCCAUGUGUACUUUGGUCAUUGAAAGUCAUGAAGAAUUGGAUAAUAUCAUUAAGGACAUGAUGAUUCAUGAUCUCAUGGAAAAUGCUGCAUCGUACCAACAAUUUGAGAGAACAUCAACUCCAGAAACACCACUCGGAAGUGAGCCGUCAUCAUUGUGCGCAACCUCAAAGAAAGAAGGAAAUAAGAUGUCUACCACUCAGCAGCAACCAACCUUUCCAACAACAAUUUCAGAAUCCGAUAACGUCACCAAUAUGAGAAAAAAGGCACCUCCAGUCUCUCACUUUUUCAUUGACGUUUUGAAAAUGUUUGAUCGAGCUUGGUGGAUGAGACACUUGUUCGACGUGAAUGAGGAACACGUUGAGGUUUCAACUCCAAGCCAUAAGAAACAUGUAUCAACAACCGUGCAAAGCUCUGGUGAUUCUCCAAGUCAAAUUCGUCACACACGUGAUUACAUUAGUGAGAUAGGAUGCCCCUUUGGUCAUGCAAUUCCAGAUUAUGAAAAGAAUUUAGAAUGUUACCCAAGACGACGCAAAAAGAAACUCAAACAACAAGUGAUCAGUAGACCAAAUUCACCUUCCUCGCCGAAUACAAGCAGAAGAUCCAUAACUUCACUUAGUCCUCGAAAAUCUCCAUCGAUUCGAUCGAAUGCCUCCCCCAAAACUCCAAUACAACCAUUUCCACAAACAAGCAAUGAGAGCAUACCAUUGGAUAGUUUGAAUGAAAUAAAGCGGUAA